AUGCUAACAUUCCCUGGGAGUAACCCAUUCAAUCAAGACAUGGCCGUUGAUUCGAUAUCGCUGGAAAGCCUGGGCAAUAGUCUACUGGCACUCCCUGGCACGUCGGUAUCAACAGCCUCCAAAGGCUCCAGUCCUCUUACGGAAAAGGUGACCGCCAUACUGUCCACGUCUUAUUCCGAUGUGGAAUUUCGGGAAGCUCUGUCCCUCCUUGAUGCGAGAGGCGUAGAAAACAGUGCUAAAUCCCGACGUCGAGUAAGACUUGAUUUGCACAAGGAAGUCCUUGAUAGUAACAGCUCAAUCAUUGAUGAGUUUGGGCAUAUCGCGGAGCAACUUUGCCGCAUCAAAGCUACACUAGAUAAACUCAACGAGGGAUAUGACGACAUGAGGGAAGGAGUCAUUGUUGCUCAUGCUGCAACAAUGCCAGCUCUAGGCGAGGCCAAAGCACACCUCGACGCACGAAGCCAAGUGGAAACGAAGCGAAAGAUUUUGGAAUCUUUCAAGGAACAUUUUGUGCUGACAGGGGAGGAGAUUGCAGCCCUAACGUCAAAAUCUGAGCCUGUUGAUGACCAGUUUUUCGACACUCUUUUGAAAGCGAAGCGGAUUUGCCAGGAUUGCGAGAUUUUGCUCGGCUUCGAGGGACAGAAGCUCGGCUCUGACUUGAUGGCACAGUCGUCCAAGAACAUACAUCUUGGCUUCCAGAAAUUAUACACAUGGGUUCAGCGGGAGUUCAAGACGUUGAACCUUGAGAAUUUGCAAAUGAAUCCAUCGAUUCGGAAAGCUCUCCGGGUUCUGGCUGAGAGGCCCUCCUUGUUUCAAAGCUGCCUGGACUUUUUCGCCGAGGCACGAGAGCGAAUCCUCUCGGAUGCAUUCCACGUUGCUUUGACGGGAACGACAACCCUUGGCGUAGAGGAGCCUUCGGCAAAACCUAUCGACCUGGCGGCACAUGACCUUCUCCGAUAUGUUGGAGAUAUGUUUGCUUGGAUCCACUCAGCAACCGUUAGUGAACGUGAGACUCUUGAGGUCUUAUUCAUUGCAGAGGGGGAAGAACUCGCUAGGGGACUCAAGUCCGGCCGAGACGCUGAGAUCUGGCGUCUCGUGGCCGAUGAGGACGAAAGUGACAACGAAUUUAACGCGCUUCGAGCUCUAGGCGACUUGGUUGAUCGAGAUGUUGCCGGGGCGUCACGGACGCUUCGACAGAGAGUCGAGCAAGUCAUUAGGUCAAACGAGGACAUUAUCUCAGCAUACAAGCUCUCCAUGCUUAUUAACUUCUACCAAAUCACAUUUCAGAAGCUCCUCGGUAUGGACUCCAACCUAGUAGAAUGCAUAAGGAGCCUCGAAGAGGAAGCUCUGCGCCAGUUCCGAUCCCUUGUCAGGGAUCAUAUCGCAACUCUGCAGGGUGAAUUUCAGCACACACCACCAGACCUAGGCCCUCCCGCAUUCUUACACGAUGCACUUAAGCAAUUAAAGGCGAUAAUGAAGACAUUUGAGUCAUCAUUAUCCUCGAAUGACAGCAGAGAAGGUGACUUCGAGAAGGUGCUGGCUGAGGCUUUCGAACCUUUCAUGUCGGGCUGUGACAACAUGGCAGAAUCUAUGCAACUUCCGGACGGCGCGAUUUUCCUCGUGAACUGCAAGCUUACGGCAGUGAAAUGCCUUGGAGUCGCUGAUUUUACCAACCGGAGAGCAGACCAGCUCAAGGAUAGUAUCCGCACUGAGACGGCAAAACUUAUUGAAGAUCAGCACCGCUUCUUCUGCGAGGGUUCUGGUUUAAGUCCUUUGCUGGGGCACAACGAUGAGACAUCAAAGGAGCAGCUGAACAAAGACACUAUUUUGAAAGCCAGCCGCAGGCUGGACGAGUUUUUGCCUUCGGCGCUGAUGGAUGCCAUGGAGAGGCUAAGGUAUUUGCAGGACUCAUCAUUGGCUCACGAGGUAACGGAACUUGCGGCAAAGCGAUUUUGUGAGGAUUUUAAGGGGUUAGAGCAAGAGUUAGAGCGGGUCGAUCGGGACUCAGAGAAUCCAGGCGAACCCGGCUUGAGGUCUGUAUUUCCAAGGACGACGACUGAGAUUCAGGUCCUUCUAUCAUAG